CGCAAAGCGCCUGCUUCCUGGAGCCCCACGGAGCUGCGCGUGGAGAUCCUGCGCAGGGCGGCGGAGCCCCGUCGGGGAAAGGUAUUUGCUGAGUUCCAGCUAUGUUCCCAGCACAAUAUGGGGUGCUAAGUGUUAAAGAGAAAAUACUGUUUGUUUUUAUGCUUAAAUGGAUCCACCUUUAGCCAGUGAGAGCCUGUUGAUGUUAACUCCUGGGUCCUUCUACUACAACCCUUUAAAGAUUAAUAUUAAAAUUGGAAGUUUGUAUCUUUUGCUGGAUUUUGGAAAUUGAAUAUAAUGGCAACAGAAUUUAUAAAGAGUUGCUGUAGAGGAUGUUUCUAUGGCGAAGCAGAAACACAUGAUUUUUCCGUGGAAAGAGACUUUAAAGCAGCAGUCUCAAAUAGUCAAAAUACUAUCUGUACACCCCCAUUGGCUUCUGUUUCUGUAAAGCCUCAGGUUGGCUGUUCUGAGGAUUAUUUACUUUCUAAAUUACCAUCUGAUGGCAAAGAAGUACCAUUUGUAGUGCCCAAGUUUAAGUUAUCUUACAUUCAGCCCAGGAUCCAAGGAACUCCUUCACAUCUGGAAGAACUUGAAGGAUCAGCCAGAGCAUCUUUUGGAGAUCGAAAGGUAGAACUUUCCUCUGCAUCCCAGCAUGGACCCAGUUAUGAUGUAUACAACCCAUUCUAUAUAUAUCAUCAUGUUUCACCUGAUUUGAAUAGGCGGUUUCCUCCUCAUUCAGAGGCAAUGAGACUAUAUGGAUCAGUUUGUGACUUAAGGACCAACAAACUUCCCAGUUCCCCUGGGUUAAGCAAAUCAAUGUUUGAUCUUACAAGUUCAUCUCAGCGAUUCAUUCAGAGACAUGAUUCCUUGUCCAGUGUACCCAGUAGCUCUUCUUCGAGGAAGAAUUCUCAGGGGAGUAACAGAAGUCUGGAUACAAUUACUCUAUCAGGAGAUGAAAGAGAUUUUGGGAGAUUGAACGUGAAAUUGUUUUAUAAUUCUUCAGUAGAGCAGAUCUGGAUCACAGUUUUACAGUGCAGAGAUUUAAAUUGGCCCUCUAGUUAUGGAAACACUCCUACUAUUUCUGUAAAAGGAAUGUUAACUUUGCCCAAACCAGUGCAUUUCAAGUCUUCAGCCAGAGAAGGCUCCAAUACUAUUGAAUUUAUGGAAACUUUUGUAUUUGCUAUUAAACUCCAAAGUCUACAAACUGUAAGGCUUGUAUUUAAGAUUCAAACCCAGACUCCCAGGAAGAAAACCAUUGGAGAAUGCUCAUUAUCCCUCAGAGCUCUUAGUACACAGGAAAUGGAUUACUCUUUGGAUAUAACGCCACCUUCAAAAAUUUCUGUUUGCCAUGCAGAGCUUCAAUUGGGGACUUGUUUUCAAGCAGUAAAUAGCAGGAUUCAGUUACAAAUUCUUGAGGCACAAUACCUUCCAAGCUCAUCAACACCUCUAACUUUAAGUUUUUUUGUGAAGGUGGCAAUGUUUAGCUCAGGAGAUUUGAUUUAUAAGAAGAAGACAUGCUUACUGAAGGCCUCCAAUGGAAGAGUAAAAUGGGGAGAGACUAUGAUUUUUCCACUUAUACAGAAUGAAAAAGAAAUUAUUUUUCUCCUUAAGCUUUAUAGUCGAAGCUCUGUAAGAAGAAAGCACUUCGUGGGCCAGAUUUGGAUAAGUGAAGACAGUAAUAACACUGAAGCAGUGAACCAGUGGAAAGAGACAAUUACAAAUCCAGAAAAAGUUGUUAUUAAGUGGCACAAAUUAAAUCCAUUUUGAAUAUUUCAAACAUUAAUUUGGUGAAGAAUUUAACGUUCUUUUAGAAGACUUAUGAUUUCAGUUCGCUACAGAUGAGAAGUGAAUCACAGCCUUUGUCAAGACUUUUAUGGAAGCCAUAAUUACAGUAUAUAAUGGAUCUGAUAAAAAAAUUAAACUUGAUGAAGAAUAUAUUGAAUUAUAUCAGACAUCCAAAAUGAGGGAAAUGUUUUAAAAUUGAGCCCAAACAGAUAAUAAAAUAAAGGUUAGUAUUGUUAGGGCAACUGAAUAAAUUACAAAAUCAGCAAGAAUAUCAACUAUAGAUAUUGCUUUACUAUGGUUUUGGUUUUUUUCAAACUUUACCUAGAUAUUUAAAAUCUAGCGUAUCAAGUCUCUGUUGAUACUGUUAGACAUUUAGAAGACUUUUCCAUUGACUACUUCGGUCAGUGGUAAAAGUUGUUGUUUAUCUCUUCUACAUAUUUUGUUGUUUGUCUCUUCUGCAUAUUUUCUCUCAAAGUAAAGAUCAAUGGAGCCUUUUCAACCUUUUUUGUAUUUGGGGAAAAUUUGUGCCCUGUGUUUUGAAGUUGCUUCCCAUAAGGCAUAUCACAUUGCCACUUUGUAAUCUAUUUAUCUCCAAAAAACUAGUAAGUCAUUUCCUUCAGAAAUAGGUAACUAUAUUAUGGCAAGAAUAAAUUAAAAACCCAGAAAGUUGAAGUUUCAUUGGAAAGCUAGAAUAUAUACAUAUUUUAUUCCCUCAAAUCUUGUACUGUUUUAUUUAGAGUUAAAAUAAGGUUAUCAUUCCAUGUGGCCUAUCCUAAUUAGCAGAAUGAAAUAUAGAAAAUUCAAUAUUUUGUGGUAAUCACUUCACUGUUUUUAUUUUUAAGAUAAAUUACUUAUUUUAUAAUCCACAAUGUUAGAGUAUUUCCCCAUUUUUUUUAUAACCAUACCUGGUAACGCUAUGUAGUAAAUAAAUAUUUUCUGUUGCAGUUCUCUUUUAGGUAUUCAAUAGAACUCAGUUUGUGGGGAUAAUUUUACAUUAUUUGGCCAUCUGAGAUAUUACUAAAAAAAUCCCAGCUUUUUGGGGAAACAAAAACAACAUCCACAAUCUUAAAAAAUUAGACUUUAUUUUUGCUAGUGAGUAGACCAAAUGCUCUGCGUUCAUGGUCUUCCUUUUUUUUUUUCCUUUCUUAAUUUGUUCUAUACAUGCCAAGAGAUAGAUGGUGCUAUUUAAGGCCAGAAAUAUGCCCUGCUAUAGUUCAGUCUUGCCCUCUUCUUUCCAGUUUCUGUGUUCUGUAUAUCAUUGCAGUUUCCCCAAAUAAAAACCUAAUUCCCCUUUUCCUAGCACCACUUCCUCAAACUACAGAAUGUAUCCUCUUGACAUCCCCUUUGCUUUAUGGUAUGCCAGUAGAGUCACUUUGCCACUGUGCAUUUUGAAAUACUUUUUGAUUUGUGGUAAUUCUCACUUUUGAGAAAUUGUUUGUAGUAUUUGGAAACUUUGAGACAAAUGCAGCUGUUUUAAUAGCCACUGAAGAAGUAAGCUUAUUGGCUUUUAGGUAAUAACAAAUUUUAUUGUUUUUUUAAAAAAAAUCUAGAAUUCUAUUUUAACAGUUUUUUAUGUGUUCUAUUAAUGCUUUUAGUUCCUAAAUUCUAAUAUAUGUGGUCAUAUAUUUAACUCUUUAUUUUAUUUACUUUUCAAUAUUUUUACAAUGUGUGUAUAAUGUGUAAUUAUAUAUGGGAAAGCUUCUUGGUUUCUCAUUAUCUUAGAAUGAAUCCUAGGUAAAUGAAACAAUAAAAAGAAAAACUUUUUAUUUAAAAGACUUUUCAAGUAGACAAGUGUGAAAUACAUCUAAAAUCCUAAAUGAUUUAAUCAGUGUUUACUGAAGUCUUUUUAAGGUGAAGAAAUACUGAAUCCACAGCUUAUAUUUUGGUUGUUUCCUUGCAACUUUACAUGGAAAUAUAAAAAGAAACACAGUCUUUGUUAUACCUAUUCAUAAUGUGAGGAAGUCAUUAGGAGGUGGUAAUCAAAAAAUGACAUGUUAUUCCAAAAAUCAUUUCUCUUUGUAUUUGCUUGUGCAUUUGUUAACCUUUACCCACUGGUAUCAAGUGGAAGGGAAUCAGAAUGAUGCUGGGUCACAGAGGAAGCCAUGGAAGGUUCACAUUGAUAACUGAAAGUUUACACAGUGCUAAUCCCUAACAGAGUAUUUACAAGCUUUCAUAUUAAACAGUUCAAUAGCUGCAACCCGUAUCAAGAUUUACCAGCAUUAUUUGGCUUUCAUUUCAGUUUUACAUGAUUUUUUUUUUUUUUAGCAAAACUCUUAGAGAAAUUACUAUUGAAGUAUAUAUCAUUUCCAGCUCUUAUUGGACUGUAAAGAAGGAACCAAUGAGAUUUUGAAUAUAUGUGUGUAAUUGUGAUCUGAAAGUAAGCAAAACUGAACUUCUGUUUGAAUAUAGUUAUGUUAAUUUCUAUAAUCCUACCGUAUCCACUGUUCAUCUAAUCAAAUAUUUGCUUAUAUUUUUGAAGCAUUUCAGAAAUUUGCAAUAAAUAUCAACUUUUCAUAUCAUG